AUGGCGGCGGCGGCGGCGGGCGUGAGCUACUCGCCGCCCUGGUGGGUGAGCCUCCUGCACCGCCUGCCCCACUACAGCCUCCGCUGGGAGGCCGCCGGCGACGACUUCCGACCGGAGGACGCAGAGUACCAGCAGGCCCUGUUGCUGUUAGGCGGGGUUGCUGUGUCCUGCCUUGCUCUGGAUCUCCUCUUCCUCCUCUUCUACUCCUUCUGGCUGUGCUGUCGCCAUCGCAAGAGCGAAGAACAUCUGAACGCAGAUUGCUGUUGUACGGCAUGGUGCGUCAUCAUAGCAACGCUGGUCUGCAGUGCUGGUAUAGCUGUUGGCUUCUACGGAAAUGGGGAGACCAGCGAUGGUAUUCAUCGGGUGACGUACUCCCUCCGGCAUGCCAAUCGCACUGUUUCUGGGGUCCAAGACCGGGUGCUUGACACGGCGGUUGCUCUGAACCAAACGGCAGAACCGAACUUAGUGGUCCUCGAAGAAAUGUUUGCCAAGCAGACCGAUUACCUGCACGUUGUCCAGAAGCUCCAAGGGCUGCUGGAUGAGCUGGUGAGGCAGACGACUGAGAUCCCUUUCUGGAAGAACGAGGAUGUCUCUCUGGAAGAGCUGGCAGUCCGGAUUGAUUUGUAUGACUGGUACAGGUGGCUGGGAUAUCUGGGCCUGCUGAUGUUCCAUGUCCUGAUCUGUUUGCUGGUGCUGUUUGGACUGAUCAGAAACUCAAAGGCCAUUCUGAUGGGGGUAUGCCUUCUCGGGGUUCUUGCCCUCAUUGUGAGCUGGGGAUCGCUGGGUCUGGAGCUAGCCGUGGCUGUGGGUUCCAGCGACUUCUGUGUCAAUCCUGACGCCUAUGUCUCCAGGGUGGUGGAGGAUCAUGCAGUUCUCACUACUGAUACCCUGAACUAUUACCUUUCCUGCAGUGCUGGCCACCCCAACCCUUUCCAGCAGAAACUGUCAGGAAGCCACAAAGCCCUGGUGGAAAUGCAAGACGACGUGCUGGAGCUAAUGAAGUCGGCCAUCCGGGAGUACCCCGCCUCCAAGGAAUAUCUUAACCGGGUGCAGGAGGUCCUGAACUCCACGGAAAUCAACCUGCAGCACCUGACUGCCCUGGUGGACUGCCGGAGCCUGCAUCUGGAUUACGUCCAAGCGCUGACGGGCUUCUGCUACGACGGCGUGGAAGGGCUGAUCUACCUGGUGCUCUUUUCCUUUGUCACGGCCCUGAUGUUCAGUUCCAUCAUAUGCAGCGUCCCCCACACAUGGCAGCAGAAGAGGGGUUCGGAGGACGACGGGGAGGACGAGUCGACAGCUCAAGGGAACCGGCAGACCCACGACAACCUGUACCGGGUGCACAUGCCCAGCCUUUACAGUUGCGGGAGCAGCUACGGCAGUGAGACCAGCAUCCCGGCAGCGGCGCACACAGUCAGCAACGCUCCCGUCACGGAGUACAUGAGCCAAAAUGCAAAUUUCCAGAACCCUCGCUGUGAGAACACCCCGUUGAUUGGCCGGGAGUCCCCACCUCCCUCCUACACCUCCAGCAUGAGAGCCAAAUACCUCGCCACCAACCAGCCUCGGCCAGACUCUGGGGGUGUGCAUUAAAAACUAAAAUACCUUUUAAGUAAAAUCGGAAUAAAACGUGCCAACCGCCGCCAUCCUGUACUGCCCUUGUGGAG